AUGGAAGCAAAUACCCUUUUGUCCAUCUUGAUGGUCGUAUUCGAGUAUUCUUCUGCCAUCUUGACUAUAAUCCGAAGUAUCCAGGCCUUUAGAGCCGGGGGCCCAUGGAGGAACCAGAAAUCUGGAUUUCUAUACCUCAUUUUCGAACAAGGUGUCUUCUAUUUCAGUGUGGUAUCAUUGUUCACCACAGGCGCGGUGGUGUUGAACUUCCGUGCACCGGCCGGGAGCUUCUUUCAGCGCUUUUUGAACGGCCUCACACUACCGCUUUCUGGACUCCUCACAGCUCGUUUCCUUCUCCACCUCCGAAGGUGGGAAAGUGAACAUUCCCACUCUGCUACGGUGAACGAUGGCUCGAUCAUUGGACAGGAGAGUACUAUGGGAGGGUUCCGUGCGGCUCCUGGAGUAUUGUCGACUAUUAUAGACGAUUUCGGGGUGGAUCCGGUGGCUUUCGCAAAAGCGGGGGGUAGUCAACGGAGCCAGAUAGCACUGGAAGAGCCGGAAUCACCUGUGUUUGGAGGUGGUACGAGUUCUCAGAGGGAAAAGAAUAUCUCAAGGAGAGCCGGUUCGGAAGGAGGGGCGGGUGAGGUGUGA